AUGAUAUAAUGAAUUCAGGCGAAAUUGCCUGUUUCAUUGAGAACGGUUUUGCGAUAGGCGGAAUUGCAAGCUGUUUCACGAAAACUUUCUCCACUUUUUUUCUUUCUCUUAACAUUAAUUAUUUGCUUACCGUUCACCGUUAAUUUGUAACAGCUGAUCAGACAAGUUAUUUAGUGUUUGUGCCUUUAUACGAAAAUAAUGGAAGAUUUGUUUCUACCGGCUAUUAACGCUUGCAUUGUUGUUUUGGGUGACAUCGGGCGUAGCCCACGAAUGCAGUAUCAUGCUUGCAGCUUAUUGGAACAUAAUUGUAAUGUGGAUAUAAUUGGUUACCAAGAGACUGAACCACUGGAAGAACUUUCUCGUCAACAUGGCAAAUGUAAAAUACAUUGCUUAACACCAGUUCCUGACGUCAAUUUUACACCCAAGUUAAAAUUAAUAUUCAAGACGAUAUGGCAAUCUCUAAGUUUACUGAGAGCUUUGUUUUCGAUUAAUAGGCCAAAGUUUCUUUUAGUGCAAAAUCCACCUGGUAUUCCCACUUUGAUGAUAUGCUAUUUCUAUUGCUUGAUUAUGCGUUCCAAGCUGGUCAUCGAUUGGCACAAUUAUACGUACACCAUAUUAGCACUCAGUAUGAAAGAUGGCGAGCGAAAUCUGUUGUGCCGUUUUGCUCGAUGGUUAGAAUAUUACUUUGGUGGUAAAGCAGACGCUCACUUUUGUGUCACUAAAGCUAUGCAAAUGGAUUUAAAUAAUAAUUGGAAUAUUAGUAAUGUGAUUGUUUUAUAUGAUCGUCCAACGUCCCGGUUCCAACCAAUUGACUUGUAUAAAAAACAUGAUAUUUUUAUGAAAUUAUCAAAAAGCUAUAGUCAAUUUCAAGCGGAAACUUGUGAUGAUUUAGAAAAGAUGGGGGUUAAAGAAAGUACUGCGUUUACCCAAAAAUUGCAUAAUGACAUUGUGCAAUAUAAAGCUGAUAGAAACGCUAUUUUAAUUUCUUCGACCAGCUGGACACCCGACGAGGAUUUCGGUAUUUUGCUUAAGGCCUUAGAAGCUUAUGAAAAUAACGCCUUACAACAUCCCCAAGAUUUUCCAAAUUUAUUGUGUAUUAUUACUGGUAAAGGCCCUCAAAAAGAUGAGUUUGUGGGGAAAAUCGGAAAAAUGAAAUGGGUAAAGGUAUCGUUUGUAAUGCCUUGGCUCGAUUUCGAAGAUUACUGCACAUUAUUGGCAGCGGCCGAUUUAGGAGUUUGCCUACACUGGAGUUCUAGUGGCCUCGACUUGCCCAUGAAAGUCGUAGAUAUGUUUGGGUGCGGCCUGCCUGUAUGUGCUUACAACUUCAAAUGUUUGAAUGAGUUAGUGAAGCCUCAUCAGAAUGGAUUCGUGUUUGAAAAUCAUCAGCAAUUGAGUGAGCAUUUGAAUUUUUGGUUUGAAAAGUUUCCCAACAAUACUAAUACAAAUGCAACAAAGCAAGUUUUUAUUAAAAACUUGCAGGAAUUUCAAGGAUUGCGUUGGCGUGAAAAUUGGAACACACAUGCAUUAGGGAUUUUUAAUAAAUAUCUUUAGGAAUUUUAUUUUUUUGGAAACAAAUAAACAAAUUAAAAGUCUUCAUCUCAAUUGAUUUCUUUUGAUGUAUAGAGGCAACGUAUGCACACGUGU